UCAGGCAAGUAGAGACGGGGAGGAGCAGGAGAGCACGAUGGGACAGGACCCUUCUCAGCAUAAAAGCAGAGGACCAGAGCAGCGCCUUAAAGUCAACAUUUUAGGAAAACCAGUGCGAUGCUGCCGGGACCAGGCCCUGCCACAUGCGAGUUGCUUCCGGUGGGGUGAGGCCCCAGCUGUCCCAGCACUUUGAACAUUUUCUCCUCUCCCCUCCUCCCACUCUCCAUUGCAAGGAGGAAGGUUUGCAGCACCAGAUGUAGAGGAUGACGGGACUUCGAGGUCUCAAAUCACCAGCACUGGGGUUGAAUCCAAGUCCUGCUGAGAUUAACCAGAAUGACUUGGGAUGGAGAGGGGCGAACGGAAGCGGAAUUAACGGACAUUUGCAAGGGUUAGCUGAGAAGCAAUGGCUUUAGCCUUUGUUCGUGAAGCUGCUUCUCUUUUCAGUCCCUUUCUCCCGCUUUGAUAAGGAUAGCAAGUCCCUUCUUGCCCCAAACCUAUGAUUCUAUGAUUAAAUGCUACAAGAGAAGAUCAAAAUACAUUCUAUGGGAGCUUCUGAGGGGAGAGGUCACAGCUGGUGGAUAAGUGAGGACCUUAAUGGGGCCACAAGUAUGACAGCCAGGUCUCUGUGAUCCAAGCGUCCUGGCCCUUUCGCCUGCUCCUUUGAUUGGCAUUCAGGAUUCAAUCCCAGGGAGGACAAACUUUUCUCGGAGGUGUGAGGGAAAGAAUCUUUCAUCUUGCAGCGGGUUCCUUCAUUGAUAUUCUCCGCCUGAAGGCUAGCCAGACUCUGACACAGAUAUUAAUUGCCUCUCAAUCUGUUUGAACAGGGAAAGGAAAUUACUGUUAUUUGUUUUGAUUAAAGCCUCAAAGAGAGAAAUCGGUCGCUGUUUAGGAGGACUGAAGAAACAGAACCAGGAUUAUUUUAUUUUAAACACUAAACGAUAAGAUAAAUAGAACAGAGACUCCCCACAUGAUACAGUUUCUGUUUCCAGAAGAUUACAGAAAUUUCAGGAGACAAUGGAAGACUUCUUCUCAAAGAGAUGAAUUUGGGGUUGGCCUUACACCUGCAGUAGGGAUAGCCUCUCUCUUCCUCUGACCAGAUAAGGCCUUGUCCCAAUUUUUCAGUCCCUGGGAACCUCUUAAUUUAUUCCUGCCUACUAAGACUCCCCCCAGGGGAAAAAGAUGGCAAUGAUCAGGAAGAAAGGCCUGAAAGUGUUUACCUUUGUCCUUCUUCUGAUUUUUCUCACAUCCUUCUUCCUGAACUAUGCUCACACCACAACUGCCUACACCUGGUUCCCCAAGCAGAUGGUGAUGCAUUUCUCAGAGCAUUUCAAAAGAUUCUUGAAGCAGCCCGAAAGACCCUGUAGUUGCUCCCAGUGCAUCUCAGAGACUGGGUUUGCACCCUGGUUCGAUGAGAGAUUUAAUCAGACGAUGCAGCCAUUGCUGAAUGCCCAGAAUGCUUUCUUGGAGAAUGACACCUAUAGAUGGUGGAUGAAACUCCAGAGGGAGAGGCUGCCCAGGAGACUAAACGACACCUUCAGGGAGCUGUUCCGCAUUGUUCCCAGCGAUGUCGACCCAUUCCUGGAGAAAGGGCCUCUGAUCUGCAGGCGUUGUGCUGUUGUGGGCAACUCGGGAAACCUGAAGCAGUCCCAGUAUGGGAGAGACAUUGACAACCAUGACUUUGUGCUGCGGAUGAAUCGGGCUCCCACAGCUGGCUUUGAAGCUGACGUUGGAAGGAAGACCACUCACCACUUGGUGUACCCUGAGAGCUUCCGGGAGCUGGCAGAAAACGUCAGCAUGAUCCUGAUUCCCUUCAAGACCAUGGACUUGCAGUGGGUGAUCAGCGCUAUGACCAAAGGCACCAUCAACUUCACAUAUGUUCCUGUUCCCCGAAAAAUACAUGUGAAGAAAGAAAAGAUUCUGAUCUACCACCCAGCAUUCAUUAAAUACGUCUUUGACAGCUGGCUCCAGAGCCAUGGAAGGUACCCAUCCACUGGAAUUCUCUCUGUGAUUCUUUCCCUGCACAUAUGUGAUGAGGUGGAUCUCUAUGGUUUUGGGGCUGACAGUAAAGGCAACUGGCAUCACUAUUGGGAGAAUAACCCUUCCGCUGGAGCUUUCCGAAAAACAGGUGUUCAUGAUGGUGACUUUGAAUCCAACGUGACCACCACACUAGCAUCCCUUAACAAAAUACGAAUCUUCAAGGGGAGAUGACCCCAGGACAGGCCAAAAACUGCAGUGGAUCACUCUCUGUAAUUUCAGCCUCUGGCUCCUUCCUGCCUCCUUCUUCGGGGUCUGUGAGCUGGAAAAAUGUGACGGGCAUCGGGGCUGUGAAUGGCAGCUAGACCAGUAGACUGUAUCUGUUUCACACUUUCUUUUAUUUCCUUUGGGACUACAAGACAAUCCUUGAGAAUCGGUAACAGAUGGAGAAUCUCAGUGCUUGAGACGGGGUGGGUGGGAAAUGGGGAGAAUGGGCAGAUGCCGGGCAGGAGUCAGAUGGGUGCACCUGAUGGCAACACAUGCUUCUAGAAAGAAACACGGGCCUUAUUUAGAGACGUGUGACUAGAGGCAUUCCGUCCCUGCUUUCUUGAAACAGAGCAAGGAUUUUCCGGUGAAGGGGGAAGAUUCCAGAUGGACCAGGAUUGAGAAAAAAGAAUACAACCAUCAUUAUUAUCAUAAUUUCUUAAAAUUUUAAUGAUUACCUCAUUGGUCUGCUUUAGCAUUCAUGGGAAAAUGCUGGGUUUUUUUUAAGUAUCCACCAGGCAGGCCCGGUGUCUGGCUUCUUGCUCGGUAAGAUCAAAAGGUCUUCUCUGUUCACUCAUACACUGGCCCUCAAAGGGAAAAAAAAAAGACCUCUGGUCUCAAAGCUUUUAUCAAAACAUUUAUCAGAUACUUCUUACAUCAGCAUAGGAAAGAAUGGGAAGAUGUAUAAGUCUUUGGUGUAGACCAGGUUGCUCUUCCACUGUGUUCUCUCUAUUUGUUUUUUAAAGCAAGUGUUAUUUUGGAAAGUUGGUGUUAAAGCAAAUGUUGUUUUGGAAAAAUAGGUUUUGGUUGAAAUCCUUCUCAACUUGGAGCAGACUGGACAUUUAAUUAUUCCACGUGCCUUUCUAUUUUGGAAAGCAACCUUCAUUCCUUUGCUAAAAUGAGGCAGGAGCCCCAUGUUGAACUCUUUGGGUCAAGAGAGAACUCAGACCGUGAAAACGUGACUCCCACUCUGGCAGCGUUUGCCCCAUUUCCUCAAAAGUAAAGCACCCAAGCUCUGCUGGGGGAGCAAGAGAGUGGUGAGGAGAACAAUUGAGUUCUACCUCCGCUGGGCCCAGGGCUACUUUGAAUAUCUUAUGUGUCUCAAAAGCCAGUUACCAAAUUAGAGAGAGGAAAAUAAGUCUUAAGAUUAUAAAAUGUGUUGAUCAUUUAAAGUAUAUUUUAAAAAACUGUCUGGCAUGGGGUCCUCAUGCCUUUUGAGGGAGUGUAUAGAAUUUCAAGAUAGUCCCAGUCUUUGGGCUACAACGACGGGAUCCAGUUGUUUGAAUGAGGAUAUGGCACCUGGUACCAACCAUGAGGAGAUGUGACUGACAGGGGCAGUGAUUGACGUGUGGGAAGAGUGGUGCUUGUCCUUCAUCUCUGCUGCCGCCUCUUCCUUCCCCGUUUGUGUUCUUUCCAAAUUAUUUAUUGAUUCUUAGAAAAAUGAACUGAUGCUGUACAUGUCACCGUCCCAUCUUGGGCUUUAAUUAUCCCCACUGCAGCUUCGCCAGGAUGCUCAGGCUUCCAGCAGCUUCCAGAACUGCUGGUUUGAUUUGCAGCCAUGGUGCUUGGGGCAUUUGUGGUUUGGGAAGGGCUCAUCCAGAGAAAUCACCGACUGAGUUGUUCAGUGCUGUCAGAUGGGUUUGGGCAAAGCUCUUCAGUCUGCAUGGCAGCAUUCCUCUUGGUCGACUAGGGCUUUGUUUCAGAUUAGGUAUAUGCAUACAUGUUAUGUUGGGACAUGAUACCCUAGAGUUAGACCUUACCCUGUAAGAUUCCAUUGCUACGAUUCCUACCAUGAAACCUUAUGCCUCCUGCAUUAACUGAGCUCGAUUUCAACUCAGUCAAUCCAACAAGCAUUUUAGCAUUCACGGUGCAUGACACCAUGCCGGGAGUCACAAGUACAAAAAUGAAACAGUCCCUUCCCUGAAGGAGCCUCCAUUCUACUGAAGGACUCCUUCAGAUAAAGUAAAAUAUUAGGUAACAGGAAUGUGUCAGGGUAUUACAGGGGAAGAGAGUAUUUGAUGAUUUUAAUCUUCUAGUUGAUUGAGAGUCAACAAACAUUUGCCACGUUCCUUCUGUAUGCAGAGACAAUAUUAUACCAAAUGGUAGAAGAAUAAAGCUUAGUUGCCACCUUCAGGAAGUUUUGGUUUAGUAGGGGGAAUGGGUACUAAGAUAGAUGGCUGUCAUACACAGUAUUAUAUCAUUGCAUUAGAAAGUCGCACAGUAUGUGUUUCAACCUUUGUGGCGGAUCCCAGAAUCUUGAAGCCAAAAGUUUUCAGAAUCCUGGGACCUCAGAAUCCAUCCAGUCCAGCCUGUGCUUGAAGCAUGAAUCCCCUCUAGGACAUGUCUGACCAGUGAUCAUCCAGGCCCUGUUUGAACACGUCCAGUAACCAGUUCCUUUUACAGAGGAUGAAUUCACUUUCUGGCUUUGGUGAAUAGAGUCAUGAGGUAGGCAAAAAUAGAGUGUGUUCCCUUGGAGAGGUGUGGGGGCAGUGAGCUGCCCAGCACUGGAGGUCUUUAUAUAGUUUAUAAGUGAAAGGUGGGGAAACUUUUCCUCCAAAUUAAGGAUCACACCUGUGGGUCAUCCCUGUGAUGACCUUUCUCUUACAUCCAAAACAAUAGGUGGAGAUUCUUCUUAGAGCACACUUAGCACAAUGCCCUGCACACAGAUCGUGCUCAGUAUGUCUUCAUUGAUUGAGGUAGGAAAUUGUGCUAAAUGGGUUCCAAUGCAAGGAGGAUACACUUAAAAAAAAAAAAAAAAGAAAGAAAGAAAGACUAAACUAAACAUUGGAAAUCAGCUUGUUUUGUACUUGGAGGAGAUCCUGCAACAAAGCAUAGAGCCAAAGGAAUCAACCCUUCCUCCGCCCCUUUUUUUUAAUUCCAAGAGGUAAAUUAAUGCAUUUAAGGUCACACAGCUAUUAAGUGUCACAGAGAGGGCAAGAACCUAGGAGUCUGUUGAUUUCUGAUUGAUUGUGUUUUAUACUCCUCAAAUUUGCUUGUUUUUCCUAAAUUCUGAGUGCAUCCCAUCAACCCACCUCCCACAAUAAAACCCCAAUAUCUUCACUGAGCCUUCUGGGCACUGGCAUUCUAAUUAAGAAAGUUUUCUCAUGUUUGAAAAUCUAGCUGGUACAAAGAGGGCUCAGACCCCUUCCUAAAGAGAAGAGACUCCCUGGUACCUUUCUGUCAGUCAGGGAGACCAUUUCAAGGUGGUAAGCCUUGACCCUGCUAGACGGGGGCCCCUCCUAACAAACUGGUCCAAAUGAGCCAGAGGUUCUAUGAGGUAGGGAUUAGAUAAUCAAGCCAAUAACAUCUCAAGUAAGUGGAGUUUUAUUCCAAUUAAUGGUAUUUGGAGUCUAAAAAGAACAGAUUCAAGUAUUAGAAACUUCUGGUUCCAGUGAUAAGCUGGUGACCAAGAUCAGGGUUACUGACAGCACCAUCCCAUUUCUAUCAUGCCAUGUGAUGUCCAGAGGGAUGUCUUAGAGGAGACAGUUCAUUGUCUCUGUCCUCUGAGAGGCUAUUCAGAGUUUGACAGAAGUUAGAAACUCUGACUGUGACCUGCUGUUGUGCAAUAUAACACUGUUGGCUUUUAAAGGGGGAGAGGAGGGUAUUCUGACAUUCAAGAAGGAUUGAAGGGGCCAUUGGAUUUGGAGUCAGAGGACCUGUGUUCAAAUCCUGUGUGAUGUUAAUUGAGUUGCAUCAUCUCUGGCCUUCAGUUUCCUUCCCCAUGAAAUGAGGUGGUUAGACUAGAUUACCUCUAAGGUCCUUUCCAGCUCUAUGAUUGAUGACCUUAUUUAUCCCAUUGUCCCACUUUUAGUCCUGAAUGGAGUUAUUUAGAAGAAUGGAUGGAACAUGUUGAAUGCACUGAAGGUUGUAAUUUUUCUACUCUUAACAAAGGUUGGACACCUUCCCCUUCCAGAAGCCACCCCCAGGAGCUUGGACCUUCUGGUCAGUGAUAGUCCCACAUGUUUGUGUAUGAAAGAAAAAAAGGAAACUUGUCCCACCCAGCCAGCAUUUAUUAAGUGCCUACUGUGUGCUAGGCACUGUGCUAAGUGCUAAAGGUGCAAAGAAAGGCAAAAAACAAUCCCUAUUGAUAAAUUGAAACCCACCCAUAUUGCUCAAGGUGGAGUCUGAGUGUUGAAGCAUUUGGAAUCAAGACUGAUGGGUGUGGGAUGGUGCUGGACAAGUGGCCUGUGGGCCAGAAACUGUCUCUUGCUUCUCAGCCCAGUUCAGGAAGCACCUGGACCAGCAUGAACUGAACACCUGGCUGUGCACUGUUCUCCCCUCACACAGUUGCUUAAGCACUUCUGGAGAGGAUUCGCUCUCAAAGCCAAAGUUUCUUAAGCACUUUUUACAAAAAAAAGAAAAAAAAAGUCUUUGCUGCAUCUCUGGUUUUGUUUCAACUUUGUCUUGAUCUUUUAUUUGCUCUGUCGCUAUGCAUUAGCAGUUGAUAAAAAUUUUGAAUGAAGAGAGAGGAGUCUGAACAACUCAGAUCUCAGCAAUAUUUUAUUUAUUGUUAAACAUUUUCAAUGAUUCAAUCAGAAUAAAUAAUAAAGAACUAUUUUACUGCC